GGGGCGGCAGGAUGACGGCGAACGGGACGGCGGAGCCGGUGCAGAUCCAGUUCGGGCUCAUCAACUGCAGCAACAAGUACCUGACGGCGGAGGCCUUCGGCUUCAAGGUGAACGCCUCGGCCGCCAGCAUGAAGAAGAAGCAGAUCUGGACGCUGGAGCAGGACGGGGAGGACUCCAGCGCCGUGCUGCUCAAGAGCCACCUGGGCCGGUACCUGGCAGCCGACAAGGACGGCCGAGUGAGCUGCGACAGCGAAGAGCCGGGUCCCGACUGUCGCUUCUUGGUGGUGGCUCACGGCGACGGGCGCUGGUCGCUGCAGUCCGAGCCCCACCGCCGCUUCUUCGGCGGCACCGAGGACCGGCUCUCCUGCUUCGCCCCCGCCGUCUCGGCGACCGAGAAAUGGAGCGUCCACCUGGCCAUGCAUCCCCAGGCCAACCUCUACAGCCUGGCCCGCAAGCGCUACGCCCACCUGGGACCUCGCCGCGAUGAGCUGGCCGUGGACCGCGACGUGCCGUGGGGCGUGGACGCCCUCAUCACCCUCCUCUUCGUGGAGCAGCGUUACAGCCUGCAGAGCUGCGACCACCGCCUCCUGCGCUGCGACGGCCGCCUGGUCCCCGCCGCCGAGCCCGGCACCGCCUUCACCCUCGAGUUUCGCUGCGGGAAGGUGGCCUUUCGCGACGGGGAGGGCCGCUACCUCGCCCCCUCGGGACCCAGCGGCACCCUCAAGGCGGGCAAGAGCUCCAAGGUGGGCAAGGAUGAGCUCUUCGCCCUCGAGCAGAGCUGCCCGCAGGUCGUGCUCCGAGCCGGCAACGACAGGAACGUCUCCACCCGGCAAGGGAUGGACCUCUCAGCCAACCAAGACGAGGAGGGUGACCAGGAGACCUACCAGCUGGAGAUCAACAAGGACACCAAGAAAUGCGCCUUCAGGACCUACACUGGGAAGUACUGGACCCUCACCUCCAACGGGGGCAUCCAGUCCACCGCCUCCACAAAGAACGCGAGCUGCUAUUUCGACAUCGAGUGGUGCGACAAGCGCAUCACCCUGAAAGCUGCCAACGGCAAGUACGUGACGGCAAAGAAGAACGGGCAGCUGGCGGCCUCCAUGGAGACGGCGGGUGAGACAGAGCAUUUCGUGAUGAAGCUGAUCAACAGGCCCAUCAUCGUCCUCCGUGGCGAGCACGGCUUCAUCGGGUGCCGGAAGGUGACCGGCACCCUGGACUCCAACCGCUCCUCCUACGACGUCUUCCAGCUGGAGUUCAACGACGGAGCCUACAACAUCAAGGAUGCCACUGGGAAGUACUGGAUGGUGGGGAGCGAGUCAUCCGUCACCAGCAGCAGCGACACCCCCGUGGACUUCUUUUUUGAGUUCUGCGACUAUAACAAAGUGGCUAUCAAAAUCAAUGGCAAAUACCUGAAGGGCGACCAUGCCGGGGUCCUCAAGGCAUCUGCCGACGCCAUUGAUGCCUCCACCCUCUGGGAAUAUUAAUGCACUUUAGCGUACCUCCCAUUGCCAACUUUUCUUCCCCCUCCUCUGUCCUUUUUUUCUUUUGGGUUUUGUUUCUCCUCUUUAAAAGGAUUUUCAGACUGGCUUGCCCUUCCCUCCCACCGUAGAGUUGGUGCGUUAUGUGGGAGGUGGGUCUCCAUAAACUGGAAAAGUGAUGGGGCAGCCUGCCUAUAGCUUUGUAGAGGGGUCUGUCUCCCUCCCCCCCCCCGCCUCCCUCCAGGUUUGCUGGGCUUGGAAACUGCCGUACCCUCCUCCCGGCCCCGAGCAUCACCUUAGGUAGUUUAUUUUCCUCUCCUCGAUUGAAAAAAGGGAAUAAGAUCACCUUUGUGCUCGCUUCUGCCAUAUCAGCACUGGUGCCACCUCAGUCUGUGCUGCCAGUGUCCCCCGGAGCACCCGUCCCAUCCCGCCCCACUCCAGCCAGGGGCAGAGCGACGGUGCUGGGCUCAGCCAGCUCCUCCCAGCUGCCCCCGGCAUCUUCUCUCCGCUCCUGGCUUUCGGGGCAGGAUGCAUCCCCAGCUGAGCCGUAAGUGGUGACCUUACACAUCACAGCAUCCCCAGGGAUAGGGCUGGUGUGUGCCAGCAUGCGUCCCCGUGGAAGGGCCAGCGAGCUGACCUCUUCCCCGCCCCAGUGCACCUGGAAAUGAUUUUUUUUAGGGUGAUCCCGUCUGGAAAGCCUCAGCCUUUCAUCUCGUGGAGCCCUCGCGCUCCUUGUGUCCCUCUGCCCCUCCUUGUGCUUCUGGCUCUGGAGGAGCAGCGUAGAUCCCAAUGGUGGGUCCAGCCUGGCAGGCGCCUGCCCUGAGGCUGGUCCUGCUGCUGUGCCUGGGAGGGGAUGGAG